AUGUCGACAUUCCUGUCUCUACCCCCAAUCGACACCUCUCUGCGGUUGUUCGAACAAGAACCGAGAGUAUACGAACAAGACUCAGAUUUCAUCGGAACAGAGGAAAUGGCCCUUCCAGUAAAACGGCGGACACCUCUUCCUCUCAUCGACACCGCUCGACCGCCGCCUCACCAAGAUAUACCCGAAGAGAUCCUGGCCUCAGCCGCUGAGGCAGUAGCUGAUGCGCUCGGCCUUUCUCUCAGCGAGAUGCCAGAGUCUUAUGCGUCCUCAAGGCCACGGAGGGCGGGCAUUCGAAGGUCCAGCUCUGUCUACCUACCUCCAGCAGACGCAAAAUGGGUGUCUCCUACGCAAGGCUCUAUUGAGCAGCGACUAAGCAUAGCAGUGGCGGACACCCUCGGUAUAGAUGUCAGUGCGAUCCCUCGGGAUGAAUCCUUCGUGGAGCUGGGAGGAGAUCCACGAACUGCGAGAACACUGCGAGCAAAGUGUAUCAACCUCGGACUGUCUGUCCAAACGCGCGACAUUAUGAAGUGCAAAACGAUUGCAGAGUUGGAAACCCACGUGACCCCAUUUAGCCCGUCACCACUCACAAGCAGGACUGCAGAGAUGCACCCCCCUAAUGUUGUCAGCCCCUUGCAACUUAGCUCACCACUUGCGCCAAUCGAUGGACUGGUAUCGAACCCUGACCACCGGCGCCAUUCGGUAGCUAGCUCAGACGUACACCCCCGGAUUAACACACGAGCGCACUUGAAGCCAAAGGCAUCUAGGAGGUAUCACAAUCAGGUGGAACAGGUGCUGUCGCUUAACGGCGAUGUUGCCAAAGCUUCAGUUCUUAAACCCAAGGCAGGACUUCUGGAAGGUCAGACCGUUGCUUUCUUGACGCUAUCGAGUUGUGUCGUCGAAGGUCCCAGCAGCUGCGAGAUCAAGCUCCUGAAUGCAUAUUACACCAGCUCGCUCCCAGGGAUUCGGAAAGCAGUUGAAGCCAAGGUAUCACCUACCGCAGUUCCGCAGGUAUGGAUUGUGCUUGAGCGGAUGCCUACAGAUGAUACUGGCAAGAUCCACCGCAGAAAACUGCAGACAUGGAUUCAGAAUGCGAAUGAGGACCUCUACCGGAAAAUUAUGUCAGUGGAGUCGCAAGAGCUUCUAUCGACGCCAGGUACAGAUGUGGAACGGCGUUUACAGAAAGCCGUCGCCAAGGUUUUGAGUUUGGAGACCAAGGAUAUCGGCAUGAACAUGUCGUUCAACAGCUUAGGGGGCGAUGACACCACCGCGAUGCAGCUCGUAGUUCGAUGCAAAUCCCAAGGACUAUCCUUCAAGACAGAAGAUGUCUUGCAGUCCAUGUCCUUGAGUCAACUUGCUGUCUUGGCGACACCCAGCGAGGUUCUCAGCGGACGCAACGGCGAGGAUACAGCUGAAGGAUUCGAAUUAUCUCCUAUGCAGCGCCUCUACUUCCAUACAGCAAUGGGACAAAAGGCUCCAAAGCGAGAAGAAAAGACUGGAUCUCAUCGCUUCAAUCAAAGCAUUCUUCUACGGUUCAAGCAGGCGACAGGCGUCGAGGAUGUCCGCGCCGCCAUCGAGGCUGUCGUUGGACACCACUCCAUGCUGAGGACACGUUUCCGCGCGGGGCAGGGAUCAUGGUCCCAGUAUACGAUGACUGAGAUAUCUUCAUCGUACCAUUUCGGACAUCAUUCUGUAGGAACGAACGCUGAGGUGGAGGAAGUGAUCCAACAGGCACAAGCUAGUAUCGACAUCGAGAACGGCCCCGUCUUUGCUGCUCAUCACUUUCACACCCACGAUGGCCACCAAAUGCUUUACAUGGUUGCGCACCACCUGGUCACGGAUCUAAAGUCCUGGCGAGUUAUUAACGACGACUUGGAGGAGCUCCUUCUGAGCGGCAGCCUGGUAUCCGGUCGAGCAGUGUCGUACCAAGCAUGGACAUCAAGCCAGCGCCGCCGUAUCGAGAGCACUGAGUCGCCAGAGGCACUUCCUUUCAAGUUGCAUUCAGCGGAUUGGACAUACUGGGGCAUUAAUGAGUCAUCCAACAAGUAUGGAAACACUAUUGCCGCCGGGUUCACCUUACCACCAGAACUCACCUCUAUGCUUGAAACAAGCAAUCAGCCACUCCACACAGACUCCUCCGAUAUUUUCAUGGCUGCACUACUUCUGUCGUUUUGCGCAACAUUUCGAGAUCGAAAGGCCCCUGCUAUCUGGAAUCAGGAGCACGAUAGAGCCGCAUUGGACACCGAAAUGGAUAUAUCCGAAACUGUAGGAUGGUUCACAUCUCUGUGCCCCUUGGCUCUAAAUAUCACUCCAUCGGACGACAUGUUCAAUGUUUUAUGCCGGGUCAAGGAUGCCCGCCGAACAGUCGCCGCUCGCGGAGUGCCAUACUUUGCAGCCAACAUGCUCAACGGAAAUGGUGCAGACUCAUUUGCCUCAUCCAUGUGUCCACUGGAAAUCAUUUUCACGUACGCUGGAUCAAUGCAGAGCCUCGACUGCCAGGAAAGCCUUCUUGAACGACUGCCUAUCCCUGGCCGAACCUUGUCUUCGAAGGCCUCGGAUAUUGGUCCCUCCGUGGGUAGAAUCGCGCUGUUUGAGGUGUCUGCUGCCAUUGACCAAGGCGCGGCCAAGUUCAAAUUCCUCUACAACCAACACUCGCUCCACCAGGACCUCAUCCAAUCUUGGAUUCGUACUUUCGAGGCACUUCUUCGCGAUUCGAUUCACCGUCUUCAAUUCCAAACUCCUUCCCUUUCCAUGUCCGACAUUCCCCUCAUGGACAUGUCUUAUGAGGGCCUGGCCAAGCUAAACCGAGAUGUCCUGCCGCAUCUCGGCAUCGAAGUCUCCAAUAUUGAGAACAUCUACCCCGUUACGGCAAAUCAGCAGAGUUUGCUCAUUAAUGAACCUCUGAAUCCUGGAAGCUCGAGAUGUCAAACUGUGUAUGAACUCAACACGCUUGGGAAGUAUGUGGAUGUUGGCCUCCUUUGUGCUGCCUGGCAGCAGGUAGUUCAAAAGCACCCUGCCUUGAGAACGGUGUUCUUCGAAAGUGUUUCCAAGGCUGGCCUCUUCGAUCAGAUCGUCCUACGCCGCCAUUCGCCCAACAUGCUCUUCAUCGAAAACAACCAUCCCGACGACGCGUUGUAUUCGAUGGAGAAACUCAACCCCAUUAACCUGAGCAAGGGGUCACCCUGGCAUCGUCUAGUAGUCUGCCAGGCUCCUGGAAAAACGUUGCUGAUGUUGGAAGUCAGCCAAGCUUUGUGUGAUGCUGCAAGCAUUACCAUCCUUUUUAGAGAGCUUGAGGAGCUGUACUUCAGCCAUCAAUUGCCCAGCACGUCGGAUAUUCACUAUCCCGAAUAUCUCCGAUGCAUGAAGACGACUCCCUGUAGCACCGAAUUCUGGCGCGAACAUCUCGAGGAUGUACAGCCUUGCCAUUUCCCGAGCUUGGUUGCUAAAUCCAUCGACACCAAGGAAUAUGAACACAGCUUCGUAGACCUUGGACUGCCGCACGAUAUCCUUGAGUCAUUUGCCCACAAGUACAAGAUCGAUGUUGCCGCCGUACUGCGAGUAGCUUGGAGUCUCGUGCUGCGGGCGUAUACAGGCUCUGAAUCCACCUGCUUCGGGUACCAGACGUCUGGCAGAGACUUGCCUGUUGAUGGACUGGCAGAUGCUGUGGGAUGCUUCGCUACGGUCCUGGUCUGCAGACUUGAGGUGCAUGGCUCUGAGCUUCUGCCUCAGUUGCUCCUUGACUCGGAAGAAAUCCACCAACUUGCCCUUCACCAUCAACAUGUUUCAGUCAGCAACAUACACCGCGCUUUGGACACCAAGGGCAGGAGCCUCUUCAACACAUGCCUGUCCUUUGGGUAUGAGAACAUCCUGGAUGAGGCCACUGCUGGUGCCAAGUUCCAUCACUUGCGGUCUAUGCACUCUUCUGAGUUUGACAUCAACAUGAAUGUCGUGUUCAAGAACGGCAAUAUCGCCGUUGACCUAGGACAUCGCCUAUUGACAUCUGCUCAAGCUAGCCAUGUUGCUCAGGCUUUCAGCAGGGCAAUCCAAACCAUACUUGAGAUUCCCCUCGAGAAGGUGCGCCAGGUCAAGGACGUCGACUUGUUCAGUGAGCAUGAUCACAAGCAAAUCGUCUCGUGGAACAGUCAGCCUAAGAUCCCCCCUGCCAAAGAGCACGUCCAUCAAAUGAUUGCAAAGCAGGCUAUCCAGAACCCAGACAUACAGGCUGUAUGUGCAUGGGAUGGCGAGUUCACCUAUGGUGAGCUCGACAAAAUGGCCAUGGUGAUCGCCAGUGCUCUUGCAAGUGCUGGUGUCACGCACCAAACACCGGUGCCUAUCAUCAUGGAGAAGAGUCGAUGGGUUGUGCCAGUCAUGCUAGCAGUCCUAAACAUUGGGGCUUGCAUCGUACCCAUUGAUGCCUCCCUUCCCUCGGUAUUUUCCUGGAUCAUCAAGAAUGUUGGCGCCAAGAUGGUACUGGCUUCGGAUAGCGUGCGCAAGCACCUUAAGGAUAUCAACUGCCAGGUCAUCUUCAUCAAUGAUGCAACAAUCUCUUCACUCCCAGAAGAGCCUGCCAUGGUAUCCUCCAUUAAGACGGAUGGCGACGAUGUGGCUUGCGUUUUAUUCACCCCAGAGGUGGUGAAGACCCGCCGUGGGAUCACCUAUAGCCAUUCAGCGCUGGCAACAGCAUGCGUUGGCCAAGGCGAGGCACUGCGAAUCAACCCUUCCAGCAGAGUCAUGCACUACUCGUCAUAUAGUAUCGAUAUUUCGUUGGCCGAAGUUCUCACGACGCUAGUCCACGGCGCCUGCAUAUGCAUCGAAGAGUCUUCACUUAUGACCGACUUCACAAGCGCGGCCCAAAAGUUCAAUGUCAACUGGACCUACCUCACGCCGACAUUGUCCCGAAGGCUAUCAAGUGAAAGCUUACCGGAUAUCGCUGUGGUUUGUUUCAGGACGCAUCAGCUUGACGACGAUGUCUACAGCCAGUGGGCCGGCAAAGCCAAGGUGAUCUUGGCUUACGGGUCUGCGGAGGCUUGCGUCUUGGGCAUAUCCGCCUCGGAGGUGCAGGAUAUUUGUGCCGUCAGGGGCAUUGGCAGCCCGUACUGUGGCAAUUUCUGGGUUGUAAACCCUUCGGAUAGCAACAAGCUCAUGCCUGUCGGUGCAGUCGGUGAACUGGUAAUCUCCUCGCCGACCCUGGCAAUCGGGCAUGAGCUGGACCGUGACCCUCUUCAGCUCAAGAAGGCAGCUCUCACCAGCGGUAUGUCAUCUGAAGGCCCAGGCCGACUUCUGAAGACUGGUCAUUUAGUGCGCUACACCGAGAAUGGGCAGCUUGAAUUGGUCUCAACUCAAUCUGAGGAGGUCAAGGUCGGUAGCGAGAUUCUCAAGACUUCCGAAAUCGAACGACGCCUUCGCAGAUGUCUUGGGCGUAACAUCGAUGUUGCUGUCACAAAGAUUGCGUUCAAUUAUACCGACAGCGAUUCGGCUCCUAUACUCGCGGCCUUUAUUGAGCUCGAUGACGACUUAUUCCACGGAGAGGAUUUGUCUCGGGUCAGCCCGUCCACCAAGGAGCGACUUUACCUGGCCAAGCGGAUGGCGGGGCUUUCUCUGCGGGAGGCACUGCCCGACACUUUCGUCCCUGUUCGCCGGCUGCCUCUGACACCUUCAUUCGAUGUCAGCUACCGCGAGUUGCAAAAGAUGAUCAGGGGACUCUCUAAGACCCAGCUACUGGGACUUGCGUCAGUGCCAAACCCGAACGAAGUGCAUGCAGCUGGCCUCGAACCCUUGCCUCUAACGCAAAGCGAAGAGCGGAUGCGAGCCAUCUGGGCUGAUGUUCUGGACAUCCAUGACCCGAUUCGUCCCAACGAUGGUUUCAUGACCUUGGGCGGUGACGUUGACCUAGCUCAUGAUCUAGUGGUGAAAUGCCGACAGCAGGGUGUGUCAAUUUCCAUCCUUGAUGUGGUCCGAGAUGUCUCUCUCAGCGAGAUGUGCCGAUGCAUCACGAUGCCAGAUGCCCCAAGAUACCAUCCGGAACACAGCAGAUACAUGCAGUCAAGCCCUUCCAAUGCCUUCGUCGACGAUGCUAUCGUACCCCAAGUUGGCGACCGAGACAGCAUUGAGGAUAUCGCAGAGGCUUCCGCCACUCAGACAGUGUUCCUGGAGGGCAUGUUGAAGAACCCACCGGGCAACGUCAAUUACCUCCUUAUCAAUGCCAAUGGGCAACUUGAUUGGGGCAAGCUCGAACAUGCGUGCUAUCUGUUGACUAUGGCUCACCCGAUUCUCAGAACAGCCUUUGUGUCCCACAACCGUCAGCUCUAUCAGACAGUGAUUCGAACUUAUUACCCCGAGUUCCAACGCUACCAAUGCCAAAGCUGGCGGCUCAAUGGUCAGGCAACGAAACUGGUGAAGAGAGAUCAAUCGAUGGCCAUUGACUUCCGACAGCCAGCAACGAAGUUCUGGUACCUUGACUCUUCUAGGCAGUCUACCUUGAUCAUCAGGCUAUCUCGGGCGCAGUACAACGACCUCACCCUGCCUACCCUAAUCUCAGACCUUGCUAGAUUCUAUGAGCAAGGCGACCUGUCCACACAACGUCCAGGUUUCUGCGACGUAGUUCGAGCUGCUCAGAAAGCAUCACUAGACGGCGGCGCUGUUGAUUACUGGGGCACACUGCUGGAAGGUGCCAUGAUGACGGAAAUGGUUUCCAAGACCAAGCCGGAUAUCCCGUUCUCGGAUUCAAAGACGAUUCACCAGGAAAUUCCCACCGGGUCUCUGAACAACCUAGGUAUACCCUUUGAGACGAUCCUCAAGGGCGCCUGGUCGAUUGUCCUGUCCAACCUCGCCGAUUCUGAUGAUGUUGUGUUCGGAGAAUUGCUUCAAGGGGGUUCGUUGCCGUUGACCGAGGUCGUAGGCCCAACUGGCAACAUCAUUCCAGUCCGCACCAGGAUCCCUACUGUUCCCACUUCUCCAUAUGAGUACUUGCGCACCGUUCAAAAUCAGCACGUGGCUAGUACCAGCCCGGAACAUGGAAACAUGCAAAGCUCCGAGAUCAUCGAAAAAUGCACAAGCUGGCCGGCGUGGACUCGAUUCUCGACCGUGGUCCAGCACCAGGAUCAUGUCGAGCGCGACCUGUUCAACAACUUCACUAUCGGCAGUGCCACUUGCAAGUUGAACUGCAUGGAGUCAAACAAUCAGAAUACAGACAUCUUCGUCAGAUCCGUCACAACUGGGUCAUCCAGCGUCGACAUCUCUCUGACCUUCUCGGAGAAGAAGAUUAGUGCACUCUUUGUGCACGAUAUUCUUUCCAUGCUUUGCUCCACCAUAUCGCUUCUCACAUCGGCGUUCAUUAUGGAACCUGUCUCUCUCAAGGGCCUACAUGAUAACUCUGCCACAUCCAGAAUCCCGCUCUCGGUAUCAAAGCAAGAGGUUCAGAUCAACGCACCCGUAAUGUCUGUAUCUCCAGAGCAUGCCGGUGCAAUCCACUCAAUCAUCUCGACCGGAUGGGACUCCAUCCUAGGUGCAAACGCACUUGGGAUGGCUGAGAAUAUACGGUCUAUUCCUUUCUUUGAAUUCUCAUCCUCCUUGGUUCCAGCAGCGGAGCUGGCCCGGUAUUACACGGAUAGCAUGCCACGCCUGAACAUUCCAGGGUUGGCACAUGCCAUCUUCAGUUUGGAGGACAUACUAGAGAAUCCCACCAUGAUGAAGCAGUACGAGAUGAUCAUCGCGCGCCAGCAGGUCAAGGAGUUGAAGCGAAGCCAGAGCUUCGUACACAACAUGAGGCGGGCCCUCACGGUAAACCCGGGGCCCCACUCGCCCUCGUCCAACCAUGCGCCAGGGCGUCAUAACGGCAGCAGCGGUGGUAGCUCCAUGGAGUCGAUGACAUCUGGUAGCAGCCAUAGCGACGAGGAACAUCACGACGAAGUACCCAUCAUGACUGCCGUCGGACCCAAGAAGAAGACGAUGCCGGGCUUCAAGUCGCUUGGAGCCAAGAAGAAGCCUUCUAUGAGUUUCGGCAGGAUCAAGUUGAAUUCCACGGGGGCUUAA